CUGUCAAGCCUUCGAGUUCCUGGCUUUGGUCUCCCACUGGGCUAUAUGCCCCCUGAAGAAGAGCGAUUCCCCGUGCUGAUCGGCGUUCAUGGAUAUGACUGGAAAGCUGCAACGCUUCUUAUACGGGAAGUAUGCAUGCUAAAAUUCAUGGAGGAGCUGACCAACAAGCCACUCUGGUGGGAGAAAGUCUGGAUGCCCGACACUGCCGAAAAAUGGAAGCAAGAGGCUCUCCAGAUGAAUUGGGAAGAGUAUCGCACGUUUGCGGACUUCACACCUGCCAUGGCAGAUGCAUGCAUACAUGAGCUGCGUAAGAAGGCAGACCUCGUGAAGAAAACCGGUCUUGUCCCAAUUUUUGACUAUUCUUCUUGUGUCAUCAAAUCCGACAGUCUGAUUUCGGAGAGUUUACGAGACUCGCUUCGCUCAGCAGCUGCGGUAUUGGAAAACGUUCCAGAUGAAGAAAAGGAUUGGCAUCCCGGUAGUACGCACAAAGUGCUCGAUCUCGUCCACCCGUCGCUAUGGCCCUUUAUCUACGGUCGCACCCCCGUUCUUCUCGAUACGAGAAUCAAUCUUGCGAAUGCGCUGAGCCACUGCGGUGUCGGCACGAUUCUCCCAGCACCAAAGCCCAUUGAGAUUGCUGGCCCCGGGAGCCACUGGUCAAGGCCGUUGGAGGACCCGGUCCCUUCUCUCUCAUACAAGUUCCAGUGGUUGCCAUGCGAGGUCGUUUUGGAUGGUAAAUCUGCCAAGAUCGACAGCUACAUAAACAACCUACAUCCAGUUGAUCACGCGAAUCUAUACCCGAUCAUUGAACAAUUCAUCGAGAAGUCACUGCCUGCUUGGGACCUGAUCUACCGAUGGCCGAAGGAGUUUGAGAUCCAGCGUCUUAAAACCCGAGAAGCGCGAGCGAAAUGCACAACAGAGGAGAUGUGCCGACUAGCCUAUGGGUGCAAGCCAUGGAACCGUCCGAUUGACGAAGGGGAGCCAAUACGCGAUGAGAAUGAACCUUACACGGUGGAAUAUCGUAGCUCUGAUCGAUACAAGCGUGAUAUGGCGUGGCUGGUUAAGACUCACAAGCUGAACCUACCGGAGCCUGCGUUCGAAGAGGAUGGCUAUUAUCGACUCAAAUCAUCGGAUGUCAAAUCGAGCGGCUUCUUCAAUGGCGCGCCUCGUAUUCAAGUCAUUGUCAAGCUUGCCAACGUCCAUCUGACCCCCGAAGAUCCUGACUUUAAAUUUGAAGCCUCGCAGGAGCUUGCUGAAUGUAUAUAUGUCGAUAACGAUACCACCGAAUUCGAAGGCGGAUCGUGGCAUACGGAGGGAAUGCUCAAUGAGCGUAUAUGUGCCACGGCGCUCUUCUACUAUGACUCGGAAAAUAUUACAGACUGCCAUCUGGAUUUCCGCACGCCGGCUGACCGUGAAGAGCUGGUCGUCAACCUCAACUACGAGCAGAGCGAGCAUGUCUCGAUCGAACGCACAUUUGCUAUUCCCAACGCUAAUCGCGACACUCUUCAAUACCUUGGAGGCGUUCUCACUACCAACAGCCCCUCCACGGGAGACGCUGAUACCCGCGCCGUGUUCUUCCCAAACCUCCUUCAGCAUCGGGUCUCACCCUUUCGCCUCAAGGACCCGACAAAGCCAGGCCACCGCAAAAUUCUCGCCCUUUUCCUGGUCGAUCCCGCGAUUCCCGUCCUCUCUACAGCUAAUGUAGCACCGCAGCAGCAUCAUUGGUGGGAUCGGGAAACAGGUAUUAAGCAGACCCUUGCUGCUCGUCUGCCUAAUGAGCUGACGCAGCUCGUUUUGGACCAUGCAAGAAACGGCCUCCCCAUUGACUUGGAGGAAGCCAAGAAGAUUCGGCUUGAACUCAUGGAUGAAAGAUCCGUGAAGCAGGAUAGUACGGAAGAGGAGCUAUACAGGACAGACUGGAAUUUCUGCGAGCACUGA